AUGGAUUCAUAUUUUUGCCAUCUUUGUCCGCCAAACCUUCGCUAUCCUUAUCGGUCUCAAAGUUCUCUUGUUAAACAUGAAAAAGCCAAGCAUCCGACCAAUACAAUAAUUCCUCAUAUAUAUACAAUAACUGCACCCUCGAACUAUGAUAUUGAACAAUUUAGAAACACAUUUAUAAUUCAAGUAAAAAAAUGGCUUCAAUUUGGUCAUAAUGCAGUUAAAGACAAAACAAUUCGGUUAGAGCCUUUUUCAGAAGGACUAUUUGUUGUUUUAUUUUAUCGUAUUCCUACUUUCUCUUUUACUGUAUCACAAAAAAAAUAUACGGUUAGUUUUAAAGGAAGCAAAGGUUACGAUGAAUUAGAAAAUUUAUUGAAAGAUAAUAAAUGGGGUAGCAAACAAGAUCGGUCAGGAACUACUGCUUAUGUCUUAAUGGAAAAUGAGUCAGAAAUAUAUGAG